AUGUACAUGCUUCCUGUGCUUUUCAACUUAUCUCAGAUUACCACAUGUGUUUGCAACCCAUCCCCUUUGUUACUGUUCAUCCGACCAGUUUUUGGGCUGCCAUCUUAUCCUCCGGCCACCCCAAGCGACGACAUGGGUAUCAAAAGAACCAGCACGUUGUCCACUACCACCCUCACAUCUCAUUCGCUACCAACCGCCGUCUGGAUCGCCGAAAAAAAGCAAGAAAUUGGCCGAUUUUUACCCAAAAUCUCCAUCGCUCGUUCGGACGAUUCUGAGCAUCAUUUGCUUCGAUCCAGGUAUGGUUUUUCAACAUCUCGAGCUGUUCUUACUGCUAGUUGUGUUGGUUAUGAGAAAUUUCUGAGUUUUGGAGGGUAA